AUCUACAUUGCCGGCAGCAUACCACGGCUGGGAAGUUUGCAAACAAACAACGCCGUCCAGCUCAGCGCCACGAAUUAUACCGAUUGCAAUCCGCAUUGUUAUACUGCUAUGGAGAUUGCGGUAGGAACGUCAUUCGAGCACAAGUACCUUAUGAGAGAGGCGAACUGGGAUUUCACAUGGGACACUGGUUCGAAUAGGGUGUAUAAUGCCCCUUCAAACUGUGCUGGUGCGGCCACGAUAGAUGAU